CAGGGCUCCCCCUGGACUGUGUGGUGAUGGGCUGACCUUCAUGUCUCCAGGGGUCCUCAUUGUCUUCUGAGCCGCGCUCCCCAUCCUCAAAGUAAAAUGAAGCGACGCGCAGAGCGAGAGCUCCAGACCAGCAACCAGAAACAGAAGAAACGCUUCGAAGAACUGGGGCUCAACCUGAGCUCCACCUCUGAUGAUGACACCCAGUGCAGCAACCAUGGCACCCAAGAGUCCUCCACAAGUGGCACAGGCUCGGACAGCGAUUGUGAUGAGAAGAGACCAGUGUUUGGGUCCGCGGGUAAUGACAGCACCUCAGAUCCGCUGGCAGAGGGAACGUCUUCUCGCUACCACAUGUUUAACAGCGUCUCCCAGAAGCUCAUGGCAAAGAUGGGUUUCCGCGAGGGAGAAGGUUUGGGCAAGUUCGGACAGGGGCGAAAAGAGAUUGUGGAGACCUCGAAGCAGAAAGGCCGCAGGGGCCUGGGUCUGAUCCUGAAAGGGUUCGAGAAGGAUCUGAACAUUAACUGGAGGGACAUGCCUGAGGCAACGGCUUAUGAAGAAGUCGAAUGGUUCCCAGAAUGCACCACAGAGAUUCCUGAUGCCGAUGAGCUGGCCGACUGGAUGAUGGUGGGCAAGCGGAAGCUGAUCAUCGACGACGAGACCGAGUUCUGCCAAGAGCCCCUCCUCCGAAGCCUUCUAGAAUGCAAGAAUGCAUUUGACGAGUUGGAAGGGGAGGAAAUGAGAAGAGCCCGGACGCGCUCCAACCCUUACGAGAUGAUCCGCGGGGUCUUCUUCCUAAACAGGGCCGCGAUGAAGAUGGCGAAUAUCGACCACGUGUUUGACUAUAUGUUCACUAACCCCAAAGACCCUCAGGGGAAACCAGUUCUGAAAGAUCGAGACUCUGAGUUGCUUUAUUUUGCGGACGUUUGUGCCGGUCCCGGGGGCUUUUCGGAAUACGUCUUAUGGAGAAAGAAAUGGCACGCCAAGGGGUUCGGUAUGACCCUCAAGGGACCCAACGACUUCAAGCUGGAAGACUUCUAUUCAGCGUCCAGUGAACUCUUCGAACCUUAUUAUGGUGAAGGAGGGGUGGAAGGGGACGGGGACGUCACUCGCCCGGAGAACAUCACAGCCUUUCGUAACUUUGUUAUGGACAAUACAGACCACAAGGGGGUGCACUUCAUGAUGGCGGAUGGGGGCUUCUCUGUGGAAGGUCAGGAGAACAUCCAGGAGAUACUGAGCAAACAGCUCAUGCUCUGCCAGUUCCUGGUAGGACUGUCUGUCGUCAGAAUAGGUGGACAUUUCAUCUGUAAGACCUUUGACCUGUUCACCCCGUUCAGUGUGGGUCUCAUCUAUCUGCUGUAUUGCUGCUUUGACCGCGUUUCUCUCUUUAAGCCACUGACCAGCAGACCCGCUAACUCCGAAAGGUACGUGGUGUGCCGUGGUCUUAAGGUGGGUUCUGAGGACGUCCGUAAUUACCUGUUUACCACUAACCUUCGUCUGAACCAUCUCCGCGGCUCUGAUCAGGACGUUAAUCUGGUGGUUCCCCUGGAGGUGCUGAGAGGUGACCGUCAGUUCUAUGAGUACAUGAUCCGCUCUAAUGAGAGUUACUGUGAGUUUCAGAUCAAAGCUUUGGCUAAGAUCCACGCCUUCGUCCAGGACUCGACCCUGAACGAGCCCCAUCAGGCAGACCUACGUAAGGAGUGUCUGAAGCUGUGGGGGAUCCCUGACCAGGCUCGAGUGGCCCCAACUAAUACUGACCCCAAGACCAAGUUCUUCCAUCUCAUCCAGAGCCGGGACAUCGACAUUUACAGUCUCAAGCCGACCCCCCUGAUGGCCAAGACCCUGGAGAAGCUGAGCCACGUGCUGGACUACAGGUGCAUGGUGUCCGGGAGCGAGCAGAAGUUCCUCCUAGGAAUGGGGAGGUCUCAGAUCUACACCUGGGGGGGUCGUCCUUCUGACCGCUGGACGAAACUGGACCUAAAAACGGAGCUCCCCAGAGACACCCUCCUGUCCGUGGAGAUUGUGCACGAGCUGAAAGGCGAGGGGAAAGCGCAGAGAAAGAUCAGCGCCAUUCACAUCCUGGACGUCUUGUUCCUGAACGGCAUGGAUGUGCGACCGCAUCACUUCAACCAGAGGAUACAGCUGGCUGAGAAGUUUGUGAAGGCCGUGUCCAAGCCCAGCCGCCCCGACAUGAACCCCAUCCGGGUGAAAGAGGUUUACAGACUGGAGGAGAUCCAGAAGAUCUUCCUGAGGUUGGAGAUGAAGAUCAUUAAGAGCUCCGGGGGGAUCCCACGACUCUCCUACACCGGCAGAGAUGACCGACACUUUGUGCCAUCGGGGCUGUACAUUGUGAAGACAGUGAACGAUCCCUGGACCAUGGCCUUCAGUAAGAGCCACAACCGCAAAUACUUCUACAACCUCAAGACCCACAAGUCCAUUUAUGAGGUCCCAGUUGAAUCCAUUGCACCAUUUCACGUCUGCUACUCGGAGCGUCUCUUCUGGGAGUGGGGCGAGGGGGUGCAGAUCCACGAGACCCAGAAACAAGACCCCAGCUCUGAGAAGCUCUCCAAAGACGCCGUCCUGCACUUCAUCCGGAUGCACCAGCCCUCGUCCUCUGGGAGCAGAGAGGAAAGGUAGUGAUGGGACAAACGGAAAAAACCGCGAGAUCCGGGACGCACAGCGACUUCCUCCUCGUCAUUGGCCGCUCUCCUGUGGGCUCUGAGCCCGGGCGGCUGACUGAAUGACCCCCUGGAUGGAGGGGGAGGGGAGUCUGAUGGGGGUGACCUCCGCCCCCUCCGCCUGUCAAUCUCAUUACAGAGACAUUAAUUGCACUGCAGACCACAGACAUUGGACGAUAUUUUCUUUUAGCGCCCGGUAUUUAGGUUUGUUGAGUUGCAGGACGUUGUUCCUCUCCUAUAUAGUCGCCCGAGUGUGUGUUUGGGGGGGGGGGGGGGGGUCAGUGUUCUGGGGUCCCUCCUCCUGGGGCUCUAUAGACGGAUAUAGAUCUGGAUGCUCAGGUGGGGGCCCCGGACUUACUUUUAAGCUUCAUUGUCCCGUUCCUGGUCCUAUGGGCGUGUGUUGUAAUGCAUGGUUUGCCUUGUUCCCAUCUCAUUGGGCGCACACUACUCUCCUAUGGCAAUAAAGCACUAGAGUUUGGAUAUAA